UCUGGUAAAGUUUGAGCUUCGUCGUUGCUGUCCAAUGUACACAUGGAUUUGAUGUAGCCAGCUGGUAUAGGGUGUUCCUCUUGCUACCUGUACUGCUGUGUGUUUCGUCAAAUGAAGAAACAUGAACAACUGAAUUUAGCGUUCCAUGUGGACAGACUGGAUACUGGAUCAAUUUUACAUAUUACUGGUGUUGCAGUCACGGGAAUACAUACGCUGGACUGCUGGACUGUUUUGUCUUCUUCACGGGUUAAUACAUUGUGUAAUUUCAAUCCUUCUAGCUGGAAUAGCAGUGAUUGGAAAUUUCCUUCAAAAACUUGGUGGAAAUGUCUAGCAAGCUUUUACUUCAAGAAUUGUCCAUGCAUUUCCUUACAAAAACUGAACUAUUUGACUACUGGCAAAUCCAACAACAUCGAUUCCAACCGCCUCGAGGAGACUGUCAAGAUAUAGAGGAUAUGUUAGAAAUACUUCAGCUGUAUUUCCAUUCCCUUUUUCCAUAGUUAUCAAUCAAACAAAAAAUCAAAUUUAAAAAAGAAUUGAUUCAAGCAUUACGAGAUGUCAGAAGUGCUUAUCUAGAAACUGCCAGUUCAGAUAAUCUAAUUCAAAGAAUUAAUGUUUGCAAAACAAUUCUUGAACAUCUUGAAAAUUGAAGUUGAAUUAAAAUUCUUUUAACAUGUGCAAUUCUUUAUGUAGUCCAGUAUGAUUUCAGAUUUUUUUUUGAAAAUGCGCGCUUGAAAAAAACGUGCAAUUUCUAAUGUUACAAUUCGCCACUAGGUGGAGCUACAGGCUGCUCUUUUUUUUAGCAAUUUGCUGUCAGCUGUCAAAAUUAUCGUAGACUCUGUACUAAGUUAACUCAGUCGUACUCUGGUCGUACUUGUGCCGUCAACUGGACCAAAACGAAAAAAAUUAAAGUUCGUUUCAUCACCUGUCUACACAAAUUUCCUGGAGGGAUGGAUUCCAGAGUAUUCCAUUGACACAUCAAGAAAAAAACAACUUGUGGAAUCCGUGGGAUCACUCUCAAAAUCAGGGCAUCAAUGAUCAAUCUUCCCAAUGGAAUCAGGCCUGGUGUUUGUUUUUUAAUCGUAAACUUCUACCUGGCGUUUGAUGCGGGCAUUUGCAUCUGCAUUCACCAUAUUACGACUAUGUUUAGGCGUCACGUCUCCAGCUUUAGGGCAUUGUGUGGGAGAGGCCUGUGCUGCAUUCUACAAACAACACAUGUUUAAAAGAUUAAUGGUAACGUGUACUGGAAUUUAUACUUGGCAAUUCCGUUUGAUCAUAUGGCCUGCCGUUCAAUUUCCCAAAAUGUCGUCUCUUGCUCUUGCUGUAUUAUGCACGUUUCGUCACUAGAUGAGAUGUUUCCACGCCAUUCGACCAAGCUGAACCGAUAGUGAACCAUUUAAAACGACAUGUCAAAGAUCUUCCCUUUCACUACGUGUUCACUGCCUUUGCAUGAAGUUGCGUCUUUGAGAGGGUCUCUACUAUGGCAAAUGUGAUGAAAAGAAGAAAUCUGAAUAGGUGGCUUUGUUGCAGCCAGCUGGUGAAAGGGAGUUCAAGUCAAGUUGAGCUGCAGCUUCUGGAAGCAGUCUACAGCGCUGAUGUCAUCCUGAAGUGGAGAAGUGUUACCUGAAGUGUAACUACAAAAAAUACAUCUUGAAAUGGACGUGGUGAUAAUGUGAUGCAUCAGCAUGCAGUCUAUGCAGGUGGUGUUUUCGAGAAGUGUAUAAGCAAGACUUUGAAGCUUAGUCUGAAGAAUAUUUUCUGAAAUGUCAAAAGUCAACUCUAAACUGACGCAGGAAUUAAGUGACAGAGCCCACAACUCUUCCCGUCUUUCGUGUUGAUUCCGUUGUCCAUAAUAAUGAUGGAUUACUCACGUUAUGUGCCUGGCAUGUAUAUCAUUCGCUUUCCCCUCCCUGGCCGUGAACUUGGGGAAUUAGGAAGCCAUGGUUGUAGUGCGUGUUUGAUCCAGCGUGACUUUCAUCACCUUCACACAAUUCCAUGGCGUCACGUGAAGAAACGAGAAUCAAUAACGAUUCCGGUCUGUUGACGAUAUCGAGAAGUCUUGGUUUCCAUUCAGCCACACAAGAUAUUGCAUAUAUUGAAUCGGGAUCGUUAAAAACAUCACGUGUCGUUGCACCUUAACGACGAUGGGCGUAUUUGGUUGCGCCACGUUGACUUUAAAAGAGGAAGGAAGAGAGUGAGAGCGCGGGGGGGUUUCCGACCUCCAGAGGCGAGAGAGAAAAACGUCGAAAUCUUCUUCUUCUUCUUUUUGUAAAAGACUUUGGCAGCAACCUCCUCCUCCUGUAACACAAGACUCUUGUAUACUACUCACAUAUUCAGCAGCCUCUUACGUGUUCUUUGUUUGCCCGGCACUUAUCCAGGUAGUCACCAUAGAGGAUAGGUUAGAAAAGCCUACGACUCUAGUCUGCACGUGUUCAGUUGCCGGCCGAGUGUCGAGACUUGCACAACGAUCUCAGCAAACUACUUGGAAGAGACCAGGUGAUGAGAAUAUGAUGGCCAACUUGUUGAUGUUCCUCACCGCUGCGUUCCUGAUUUCGUCCGGAAGCAUUCAUUCAGCUUCUGCCAAGAACAGAAGGACGUCAAUGGCAGGAGAGUUGGCGUUUUGUAAGAAACACUUCAGAACAAAUCAGUUAUCCAGCCGCCAAGAUGGAAGAGUCUUCUUCAGCAUCUCAGGAUGUGUUUAGUAAAACGAGAAUACAGAAACCGUCGCCCAACUCUCACAUCAAAUCCUGCCUCGUUCCUGGCACUCAGUUUGGCGUCAGUUCGUCAUCUUCUGUGACGAGUUGUGCGCCGCCGUGUCCCGGCACGGACGCCAAUCCGGCCAGCAAUACGACGGAUGAUCUCCAUCGAAAACAGUUUACCUGCAUCACCUCGACCAACAAUCAAUCGCCACCUCCAUCCAGUUCGGGUGGUGGUGACGAGCGUCGGUCGAGAAAACAAAAGAGUCCACGCAAAGGCCUCGAUUCCAGAGACGUUUCCACCAACCUGACAAUCAUGUGGGAGAAGCAAAAGGAUUGGACCUGGACGAAUGAAUGUGAAUUCAACGUGUUGAACAGCCAGCAGGAGCCGUACUGUUGCGUCUGCAGUGUCCUCAGACCCUGGACGCCACAGAAACCUCUACAAUCACCGGACCAACCACCGAAAUGGUCUGCCGUUGUGUUGCCGGAUGCAUUGUUUGGCUCGGAUCGGCAUGAAAUCACCUCGUCGAUCCUCUUGCGCUGCUCGUCGUGUUGCAUCUGCGUCCACGCUAAGUGUUGCGGACUGGCAGAGUCGACGGUGACCGACAAAUGGAUCUGCCGGCGCUGCGAACGCACCCCGACUGACCUUCAAUUGAUCAAAUGCUGCCUCUGCCAGAAGCGAGGUGGACUACUCAAAGGGACGACUGACGGCCGCUGGGCUCACGUUGUGUGUACAAUUUGCUUCCCGGGUGUUUCCUUCGUUAAUCCGGACAAUCGCGAGCCCAUCUUUAUCAGUCCACUGGGCUGGAAGGACUACGUGUUCCUGAAUUGCAGCUACUGCUCCAUCAACCAGUCCGAUUACGGCGCCAACAGUGUCACCUGGCAUCACGGCAGCUGCCUUCCUUGUGUCAAACAAUGUGGACGGGCGUUCCAUCCCCUGUGCGGCCUAGUCAACGGUGUACGGUUCACGAUUAGUCAGAAUGGCGACUACUUUUCCGCCAACUGCUGCAAUACCAGCCACACUCCUCGAUCGACCACAUCCGCCUUCAGAAAGAAGGCUCCUGUUCAUGUGUCUGUCGGCCAGCAAGUCUACGCCAAACAUCCCGAAUCGGGUGAAUAUCAUCUGGCUGAUGUGACGGACAAUACUCAGACGGUCACGUACUAUUCUGUCGAUUUCAACGAUGGGACUAACAGCCAAGAUACUUAUCCGGAAGACAUCAAGAAUUACAAUUGCAAAGAGGACGGGCCUCCCAUUGCGGGAGCCGCCGUCGAAGUCUUGUGGACGGACGGCAAGAGCUACGGCGGCCACUAUCGAGGCUUCACGAAGCGUAAACUCUACAGUUUAUCCUUCCGCGACGGAACCAACACCGUCAUCACCGCAGAGAGACCUGAUUUUUAUCAUCCUGACGAGGAUCUACCCAAAGAUCUUAGAAUUCAACUGGACAAGCAAAAGGCAGCAGCAGCGCAAAUGCAACGACUCCAGCAUGCCUGUCCAGCCAUUCAACCUUAAUUGUGUGUUCUUUAAAUCAAACUUGAGUCGUGGCAACUAAAUAAGCCUUUUCUUUCCUUUUUUUGUUUUUCUCCUCCUCCCCCCUUCUUCAUUAUGAUGUGAACUUAAGUGGGUGGUUAUAACUUAUCCGAACUUAUCCGAGUGGUUGCCAUUUGACGUCACUUAAAAAAUGGAAUUGGACGUCUAGACCCCGUCGUCGAUAAACUUAAUGGAUUGAAAUGAAUCGAAUUCGGCGCCUUUGACGCCCGUCAGCA